CGAUGAUUUAAUUUCUCAUUGUGUAAAAAAUGAAAUGAAUACUCGAAUUCGAUUUUCGUUUGCGUGUGUUAUAUUUAUUUCAUUAUAUUUAUGCGAUGAGGCGUAUAGAAAAAUCGAUUUUGUUGAACCUGUACGAAACUUAAGCGUCAAAGCAGUGCAAGAUGAGAGGUAUACAAACAGUAGGGAUGCCUAUAAAUAUUUGAAAUUGAACAUAUCUUGGUUACCUGCGAACAGUAACAGAAGUCCAUCCUACUACAGCAUUAUAAUCACAACCGUACCAAACAUGGAAAAACCAAACGCAGAAUGUCCAGAGGGAUCAAGUUUUUAUACGGUACACAAUAAUAAACAAUUUAAUGUGCUCCUGCCAGAGACAAAUGAGUUGGAGGAUCUGCCAGACGUACAUAUUCAACCUGGUUGUUCUUACAAAAUAGAAGUUAUCGCAAACCCAAGAACAAAGCAUAUGAUAAAUAUACCUCAAGUUUUGUAUACAGUUCCAGAAUGCAUAGGUGAUACGUGUAGCUGUUUCAUAGCUAAAUCGCCAGUUCCAAAAGUGAACGUUAUUCAAAAAGGAUAUCGAAUGGUUGUAAACUGGACAGCUCCUAAUGCUUCCGAUGUUUCUUUUUAUCUGAUCAGUAUUGGAGUAUCUCGUUCAACCUCAAAAAAAGGGUUACCCAUAUAUAAUAACGUAACAAAGAUAGGAGAAGUGCCUGCAGGAACAACAACGUUCUUAUGGAAUUUAAGCUCCACUGAAAAAUAUACAAAAGUUAAAGGUGGUUAUAAAGUGAUAAUUAACGCUGUGAACAAUCAUGACUGCAUCGGAAGAGGAGGAAGUUUCAUUAUAAAUUCUACGUUAUUCAAUGUCAAAACUAAUAUUAUGAAUCAUAAUGUAUGGAUCAUAUUAUGCGGAGUACUAAGUGGAUGCAUUUUAUUCGGUGUUUUGAGCUUGAUAUUAUAUCCUAAGCACGACUUCUUAUCAUUUGGUAAUAAAACCAAUGCCCGGAUACGUAGAAUUUAUAGAUACAAAUCUCAUUGGGCAGAAGCAAUUCUUCAAAAGGAUAACAUUCUAUAUGGUUUAUAUGGAUCUGAGGGGGUACAUAAAGAAGAAACUGACAAACUACAAGUACCAUUCAAAAAUAUCAAAUUGAUACGCGAAUUGGGUGCAGGACAAUUUGGAAAAGUGUAUCUUGGCUGUUUAAAUGACAAAAAUAACACUUUGAUAGCUGUGAAAAUGUCCCAAGAAAAUAUUCUGUCUCCUAAAUUGGAAAUUCAACAGCAGUUUCUAAAGGAGAUUGAAAUAAUGAGAAUGGCAGGAACGCAUCCAAAUUUAGUAGAUCUUUUGGGGUACUGUAUUCAGCCGAAUGGAUCGAUAUGCAUUUUACUGGAAUACAUGCAAGGCGGAGACUUAUUAACUUAUUUACAUACAUUUCAAGGAAAAGAGAAGAGCGAUAAACCUAUGCAGGUCAAUGAAAUUGUUUUGGAAAGAUUACUUAAACCAAACGUUUCAGAAACUUUGUAUGCUUCUAUAUGUCCUAUCGUACCAAACAAUAUGAAUGCCAACAAACUUGGACAAUACACAAACAUUACUGGCAGCGAAGAAGAAGAACAUUGGAUUGGGCAAAUGGAAGAGUAUCAGUUUUUGAAAUUUGCCACAGACAUCGCAGCAGGUAUGGAACACUUGGAGCUUAAAGGAAUUACUCAUAGAGAUCUUGCAGCCAGAAACAUUCUUCUUAGCGCAGAUUUAACUGUUAAGAUUUCUGAUUUUGGGCUUUCGCGUAAUGGUAUAUACAUGAUAAGAAAUAUUGAAGAAAAAUCACGUCGUCUUCCAAUAAGAUGGAUGUCACCAGAAGCCAUACGAGAUCGUACUUUUUCAUCAAAAAGCGACGUAUGGUCCUACGGGAUAGUACUUUGGGAAAUCAGUACUUUAGGAGCUUUUCCCUAUUCAAACGUGCAGGAUGAUCGUGUGUUACGUUACAUUAUCCAUGAGAAUGGUCGUUUAGAGAAACCAGAUGACGUUCCGCUGUGUAUUUAUAACCUAAUGUGUUCCUGUUGGGCUGCGGAACCCGAAGAUAGGCCAAAUUUCACGCAACUUCUUUCCGAAUUAAAAACAACGACCGCUUCGUUAAAUUCUCUUCGAUCAAUAUCCAAUCCCUGUUAUGCGUUAUCGUUUAUAAACGAAAACACGUAACGCUGAUAGUGGCUGCUGUUUCGUAAACAUUUCAGAAAUACAUUUAAAACAAGUGUUUGGAAAGAGUAUCUGUAUAUGGAAAAAGAUGUGUAUGAAAUGAUUAAUAAAACAAAAUGUUACUCACUGUUU